CCUUCUGAGACUUAACUUGAAGCAGUUUGUGGAAUCACUGGCAAAGGCUGAGUCUGUCCGCUGGCAACAUGAUCCUGACACUGCUGCUCAGGACCCUAGGCUGGGGCAUGCUGGGGGCCUGGGCCCAGGCCCCCAGUGCCAGUUUCUCUGAUCCACCCAGCCCCAGGCUGCCUGGGGUCUGGAGGGCAGAAGCUGAGGACAUCGGCAGGGACCCCAUCGGACGUAACUGGUGCCCCUACCAGAUAUCCAGGCUGGUCACCUUUGUAGCGGCUUGCAAAACAGAGAAAUUCCUCGUCCACUCACAGCUGCCAUGUCUACAGGGGGCUCCCGACUGCCAGAACGUCAAAGUCAUGUACCGCAUGGCCCACAAGCCGGUGUACCAGGUCAAGCAGAAGGUGCUGGCCUCCGUGGCCUGGAGGUGCUGCCCGGGCUUUGCUGGCUCUGACUGCCAGCACCAUGAUCCCACUGUGAUCCCUGAGCCUGCAGACCCGGGUGAUGGCCUCCAGGAGCCUUGGGGUGGAGAAGUUGGCUUUGAACCCGGCCACCCAGUUGCAGAGACCAGCAACCUUGUGGUGCAGCAGGAACACCUGCUGGGAGAUCUCCAGAAUGACAUUCACCACAUGGCUGACAGCCUCCCAGGCCUGUGGAAGGCCCCGGCGAGCAACCUCACAGCUGUAAUGACUGAGGCAAAUCAGACGGAGCCUGAGUUUCCUGGCAGACCCUUGGAGCAAGUGCUGCAUUUCAACCCCAUCUGGAGUAGCUUAAACCAAAGCCUGCACAGCCUCUCCCAGGCCAUAAGAAACCUAUCUCUUGAUGUGGAGACCAACCGACAGGCCAUCAAGAUGCUUCAGGAGAGUGCCGUACCCAGGGCUGACGUCCAGGAGCUUGGUGCCAAAUUUGAGACCAAGGUCCAGGAGAACACCCAGAAGAUAGGUCAGCUGCAGCAGGACACGGAAGACCGCCUGCACGCCCAGCAACUCUCCCUGCACCAAUCCCUCUCUGAGGUCCAGGCCAAUGUGGACACCAAGUUGAAGAGGAUCCUUAAGGCCCAGGAGCAUCUGGGGUCCAAUGGCAGCGUGGUAGCCGCAGCGGCAGGGGCUGCGGCAAGGCCGGAGCCAGAGAGCCUGCAGGCCAGGCUGAGCCAGCUGCAGAGGAACCUCUCCGCUCUCCACCUGGCCACCAGCCGCAGGGAAGAUGAGUUACAGAGCAUCCUGGCAGACAUGAGGGCAACACUGGCCAGGCAUGUGGAUGAGAUCAAGGAACUGUAUUCCGAAUCUGAUGAGACCUUUGAUCAGAUCAGCAAGGUGGAGCGGCAGAUGGAAGAGCUGCAGGUGAACCACACGGCACUGCGUGAGCUGCGUGUGAUCCUGAUGGAGAAGUCGCUGAUCAUGGAGGAGAACAAGGAGGAGAUUGAGCGGCAGCUCCUGGAGCUCAACCUCACCCUCCAGCACCUGCAGGGUGGCCAUGCUGACCUCAUCAAGUAUGUCAAGGAUUGCAACUGCCAGAAGCUUUACUUUGAUCUGGAUAUCAUCCGAGAAGGCCAGAGGGACACCACACGUGCCCUGGAGGAGACCCAGGUAAGCCUGGACGAGCGGCACCAGCGGGACGGCUCCUCUCUGCAGGCCCUGAGCGGCACAGUGGCCGCCCUGUCGCUGGAGGUGGAUGCACAGCAGGCAGAGGGCGAGAGGGCACGCGCCGACAGAGCGCGGCUCCGGAGCCAGCUUCAGGCUCUGAGUGGCGAGGCGGUCGCGCUGAGGGCCUCUGAAGGCGAGCUCCGCCAUGAGGUCGGCAAGCUGCACAGCUCCUUCGAGGCCCUGCUGGAGGACGCGCUGCGGCACGAGGCCGUGCUGGGCGCCCUCUUUGGGGAGGAGGUGAUGGAGGAGAUGUCCGAGGAGGCACCUGGCCCGCUGCCCCUGCGCUACGAACAGAUCCGCACAGGGCUGCAGGACGCAGCCAGUGGGCUGCAUGAGCAGGCACUUGGCUGGGCUGCAUUGGCCGCCAGGGUGACGGCCCUGGAGCAGGCGGCAGCGGGUGGCAGGCAGGGCCCCGAACACCUGGAGCCCAGCCACGAUGCCGCGCCAGAGGAGGCCAAUGAGACGGAGCCGGAACGGAUGGCACAGGAGCUCCAGCGCUUGGGCUCCGACAUCAAGCGUCUGGGGCAGUGCUGUGACACCUCCUGGGCCUCCGCCCUCAAUGGCUCUCUGGAGGACCUCCAAGGAGCACUCUCUACCACCCAGCGCCGCCUGGAGCAGCACCAGCAGCUCUUCUACAGCCUCUUUGGAAACUUCCAAGCGCUUGUGGCAGCCAACGUCAGCCUGGACCUAGGGAAACUUCAGGCCAUGCUGAGCAGGAAAGGGAAGAAGAAGCAGAAAGAUCUGGAAGCCCUCCGGAGGAGGGACAAGAAGCAAGUGGAGCCUUUGGCGGAUGUCCAUGUCAAAGGGCCAGUGCUGGGUGCCCUUGAAGCAGAGCUCCACAAGGCAGGCUCCCCUGUGGCCUUCUACGCCAGCUUUUCAGAAGGGACAUCUACUCUGCAGACAGUGAAGUUCAACUCUACUUACAUCAACAUUGGCAGCAGCUACUUCCCGGAAGAUGGCUACUUCCGAGCCCCUGAGCGUGGGAUCUACCUGUUUGCAGUGAGCAUUGAAUUUGGCCCAGGGCCAGGCACCGGGCAGCUGGUAUUUGGAGGUCACCAUCGGACCCCUGUCUGUACCACUGAGGAGCAGAGAGGUGGAAGCACAGCAACAACCUUUGCUAUCGCUGAGCUGCAAAAGGGUGAGCGAGUCUGGUUUGAGUUAACCCAAGGAUCAGUAAUAAAGAGGAGCCCAUCGGGGACUGCAUUUGGUGGCUUUCUGAUGUUCAAGACCUGAACACUGGGCCAGCUCUGACCAGACGAUGUGGACUUGCCCAGCUCUCCUUGGCCUGGGGCUUUGGCCAGGGUUGGUCUGGAGACCAUCCAAUUGGUCUAGCUCUUCUCCGGAAACCUUCUGCAGACAGUGGGCCUCCCUCUAGAUGCACUGGGUUUGGGUAUUUCUUAACGAAUGAGAAGGACUGGAAUUCUCUGGGCAGGACUGGUCCAGGCAAGCGUGCACCAUGACGUGGUGUGUGCCUGCUGGGGCAGCUUGGCUUGGCUUCAGCAAUUUACCACACCCGCUGCUCUCCAGCUUCUCUGGGGUUUUGCUUCUCCUGUGGUUUAAACUUCUGUACAACACGAAACUUUUCUUCCAAUUCCUUGUCUCCCUAAUCUUAUGCGAGAAAAUGAUUCUUUCCCAGAAAUAAUAUGUUUAAAAUAGAGGUGACAUUUUGGACAAUAUUGGAAACCAGUCUCCAACCACUACAGGGCAGUAGGACAAAACCAACCCGUUUGGUUUUGGAGACAAGGGCCUGCUUGAGUUAACCAAGGGAAAUACAAUUAGUAUCUUCACCUUAGUUUCAGUCCUUCCUUGAAUUUAUCUGUCACUUUAAUUUCACUUCGUUUUCUCCCUGCCUCAUACGGGAUAAAGGCCAAGACAUGCCAGACACGACCUGAAAUGUGUAUAGCUUUCACCUUUUUACUCCCUCCAAUAGUUUAUGGCCGCCCUAAUGCAUAUUAGCAUCUCUACCAGGAAGGGAGCUGAGGGAGGAAGUGAAAGCAGACUGUAAAAAUUUCCCUCAAUUUCAUCACCUUUGGAAUAAAGCAACGCCCUUCAAAUCUCUGCCUGGUGUACUUGUGGAGAGCAAGACGAUUUGGUAAAGCAGGUAGAAAUGUGGGACAACAUGAAACUGUUUGGGAUAAAUGUGAUUUUCAUUAUUCCAGGCCAUAUUUACUUCACAAUUUCCGCGAAUUCUACAUAAAACAACACUCAGGGGCCUGUGUAGUAGGCCCUGGCAUCGAUAUUGGAUUAGACAGCACAGCUCAGAGUUGUAAUUACUCCUGCGAUACCAACAUGCGGUUUUCAAAAAAUUACAGAUUGAAGAGAAAAGAGGCUUGAGAAAUCAGUCAUCUAGUUGUCAGAAAAUGUUUUUAUUUUGGCAGUAGCUAUUCAAUAUUUGUUGCAUAUACUCUUCUCCAUAAGAAAAUCAGAUCGGGCUGGGUAAUGAAAAAGGAUAGGAGUUGGUCGUCAGGGUUAACACGGUUCUAGCCCUUCUCAUAUUUUCUAAGGGUCAUUAAUUCAAGUCAUUGUCCUUCAGAAUUUAUUUACCACUAAGUUCAGUGUGCUCAGUGUUAAAAGGAACAGUAUGCCAGGCUACCCCUCCCACUGACGGUUUGACACUGGGCUAAAUCACGAGCUUUUAUGAACUUUUUUCCAUCUGUAGUGUGAGGUGGUUAGGCUAACAGCUCUCAUUCAGUAUUUUGGUAUUUUAUUAUCUUGACCACAAGUUUAGCUUUCACCUCCCUGCCCUUCCCUCUGGCCAGGGCCUUUUGCCCAGUGCAGCUCUCAGGUGCCAAGACGAAUCCUGACCCAAGGCAUGACGUAUGUGGGCCACUUCAGACCAACAGUCAGAAAGCCAGUACCAGGUCACCCUCGCUGCCCGAAAGACCACGGCCAUGUCUGCUUUCUGCCCAGUAUUGCUAUUAUUGGUCAGGCCGUGCUGAUGACUAAGUGGAAACAUUAGGGUAAUGAAGUCUUAUCAUUCAAGAUUUUCAUUUGGAAUUUAUUGCACAUAAUAAGCAGAGUAAAUUGAUCUCCUCUAGAAAGGACACAUGUCCUCCAACCCUCAUGCAGCGGGUGCUCUUCCAGAGAAGUGUUAUACAGAGAACUGCUAAUUGCUAAGCUCUGCCAGCAGCAUGGAUGAGUCACUCCAGAAAAGUUCAUGGGAUGAGAACUAGAGAAACAAUGGUUCUUAUAGGUAGGGUGUUUUGCAUGCAAAUUUCACAAAAACUUGAUAUCAAAUUUCAGUGCAAAUUUUCUGUUUUAACACUUCUACCAUUAGGACUCCAGCUCAGCAUGAAUUCUAAAGUUCAUUUGAUAGGUUUCUUAUCU